UUAAGAUGGCGGCUUCUGUACUCUCGUCCAUCAUUUUCUUCCUUCUUUUUAUCAUGCCUUCACUUUUUGUUGAUGCUCAUAUGGAACACCGUAAAUUAAGUGGAACAAAAGAGACGAUGACCAUGAGGAGGAACUUGGAAGGAAGUGGGCACGCCAAUUCUAAAAUUGCAACUCCGGGGAGCACGUCACGGCACUCCGGACAGAAAAACAUUCAACAUAAACCGUCCAAAACUCGUCCUGAUCAGUUGCAGUCACGCAUAAGUUACGGAGCCCUUAAAAGAUCACAAGUACCAUGCACCUCCCGCUACCGAUGUGACAGUUCAAGUACAGCUCAGCCUCCAAGCUCUUCCAACAAUAUUCGUUCCUAAUCCUAAGGCACACACACGUGCUUAGUUUAUAUUUCUGUGAUUAUUAUUCAUUUGUUUGCAAGUUUAAGAAACUAGAUCCUUGUAUUACCUAUCAUAUCUAUUUUAAUUUUUCAGCAUACCCUUUGUAACCUUUCUUUUCUCAAAAUUUCAUUAUAUUCACCGAUCGACUUUAAUAACACACUUUUAAGCCAUUGGUCAGGUCUGUAUAUAAUAGAAUCG